CUGACGCUUGUCUGUUCCUGCCUUUUGUGAAACAUGGCACCCGCAGGACUCCGGGAAGAAGCUUAAAUCCUGACCCUCCACAGCUGCCCUGGAGGGCACCCUGUGUGGCUCAUCCACGGAGGGCCCCUGUCAGCUCCGGGAGCUGCUCACAUCCCAGCAAUGCACUCAGGAGCCCUGACCCCAGCCGGAUGAGAGCAUUCCUGAGUGGGACCCAACCUUGCCACCCACCAAGAGUCCCACACCACCUCCCACCGCCUCCCAUGUCUGGCCGCCCCAGCAGACUCUAGAAUGUCUGUGCCUCAGAUCCAAGUAGAAGAAGUGGUAGGUGGGGAAGAAGAGCCGGCAGGAGCAGCCCUGCCUCCGGAUGACCACCUCCGGAGCCUGAAAGCCCUCACUGAGAAACUGAGGCUGGAGACCCGAAGGCCCUCCUACUUGGAAUGGCAGGCCAGGCUGGAAGAGCAGACAUGGCCCUUCCCGAGGCCCCCUGCUGAGCAGGGGGAGUGUGCGGAGGAGGACCCCUCAUCCCCGAGGAGAGAGCCCAGGCGGCAUUUCCCACCUAACGGGAGUGGCCCCCAGGACGCUGGGCCCCAGCCCGCCAGCAAGCUGGAAGGCUUUGAAAGUAUCGACGAGGCUAUAGCCUGGCUCAGGAAGGAACUGAUGGAGAUGCGGCUACAGGACCAGCAGCUGGCCAGACAGCUCAUGCGCCUGCGCAGUGACAUCAGCAAGCUGAAGAUCGAGCAGACCUGUGAUCUGCAUAGGAGAAUGCUCAAUGAUGCCACCUACGAGCUGGAGGAACGGGACGAGCUGUCUGAUCUCUUCUGCGACUCUCCGCUGGCCUCCUCCUUCAGUCUCUCCACCCCACUCAAGCUCAUUGGAGUCACCAAGAUGAAUAUAAACUCCAGGAGGUUCUCUCUGUGCUGA